AGAUAUUCUCUUGAACGUCUUCCCCUUUCUAUUUCACAUUGGCUCGGUUAUCGCUCACCAAUUAAGGUAUACAAGCCACCACCACUUUGGAGAGUCUGGAUCUGGUCCUUUGUGGGCGCGUGGAUAGGUAUAUGCGUGUUAGAGGUUGUUUUUUUAUAUGGCUCCUCUUUUGAAAAACGUCAUGUACCUAUGCUCAUUGGCAGUUUUGGUGCAAGUUCCGUGCUUCUCUAUGGUGCGAUCGAGGCUCCCCUGUCUCAACCAAGGAAUGUCGUUGGUGGCCAUUUGAUCGGAUCUCUUGUUGGAGUGAUCUUGUGUACCUUACUUCAACGCCUACCCAAUUUUGAUUCUGUUGACCAACAAGAAGCAGUACGCUGGGUAGCAGGCGCUACUGCGGUUGCCCUUACAGUAGUGCUAAUGCAAAUAACCAAAACGAUGCACCCUCCUGCCGGUGCGACAGCUGUCUUGGCAGUCGUACAAGACAACGUAGUGGACAUUGGAUGGCUGUACAUUGGUGUUGUUAUACUAUCUGCCGUUCUUCAGCUUGUAAUAGCAUUACUAGUCAACAACAUCGAACGCCGUUAUCCUCUGUACUGGUGGUCUCCUCCUCUUCCGCAGCCUCCCAAAAAUCAAUUAAACAAGCAA